AUGGAACGUAUUCUUACCGUCAGUUAUCCUCAACUUUAUUCGUUAUCACUUGUUAAUUUUGAAGAAAAAUUACUUUUUCAGUAUUUGACAGAUCAUUCAAUUCUUCGUGAUCUCCUUCCUAAUCAAAUCACACAUCUGAAUAUCGAUAUUCAAAAUGAAACAAUAUCUCAAUUAUCUGAAAUUGCAUCAAAUAUAUUUGCAUUGAUUUUAUCUUUAACUAAACGAUUAAUCCAUUUGAAUUUUUGUCAAUUGUUUUCUCAUCGUAGAACGUGGAUUUCUAUUUAUUAUCUACCAGAAAUAAGUUCUAUGUCUUCAAAUUUAACUGAAUUGAAAAUUAAUGUCGAAACUUUUUUUGAUUGGCUUUAUCUUCUUGAUGGACGUCUUGAUUCUUUAUCGAAAUUGAUUAUCAAUGUGAGGAAAUUUUUAUAUAAACAUAAGCCAUCAUAUAUAAAUGGUGACUGGGAAGACCUUCCUAAACUGAAAAUGCUUCUCAUUGACUUUGAAUACUUACGAACAGGAAUAUGA